CUGAGGCAGAGCUCCCACAAGCUUCAAUCACAUAUGUGGAUGUCUAUGCUGCAAAGUAUGGACUCAUCAGCAAAGCUAAGAAUGAAGGAUUUGUUGAUGCACUGAAGAUCUGCUGCGGAUAUCACGUGAAUGACACUCAUAUAUGGUGCGGGACAAAACAAAUGGUGAAUGGAAAAGCCGUGUAUGGUGCUUCUUGCGAGAAUCCCUUGAAAUAUGUAAGCUGGGAUGGUGUUCAUUACGCUGAGGCUGCUAAUCAUUGGGUUGCUGAUCGAAUCCUCAAUGGUUCUUUGUCAGACCCACCAAUUCCAAUUACCCAAGCAUGUUACAGGCACUAGAAGUCGUGCCAUGAGUUAGAACCGCAAUUCAACUUAUCGAGCAUUCCCAAAGGCAGUCAUGUCGCAAAUAGCAAGCAUAAAUGGAGGUCAUUUCUGUAUUAGGUCAGCAAUGCGCCACGGACCAAUCUAA